AUGAGCAAGAGUAGCUCAAACCCACUUCAGGCGCCGGCCAAGGGUCGGAUUUGUAUUCGUCCGUAUAGGGAUUCAGAUAGUGAACCUAUCCGAGCCCUCUUCGUAGAUGCCUUUGGUACUGGAAAGGGAUCGAUCUUACGCGCCGCAUUGAAAGGCCAACUAGCAGACAAACUUUCUAUGUGUCUGUACACCAUUGGUUCAAUCUCACUCUGCUCUCAGGCUAUACACCUGUCGACGCGAUAUUCCUCCCACAAAGACCAGGAUAACUACAAUGUCCUGAUAUAUCUUGGGCAGGCAAUGCUGCUUGCAGCCUUAGCGACGUUGUUGAACAGAGCAUAUAAAGUCUACUUGGCUGUGAUGAAAUUUAUCCAGCUGGGGUUGGAUGGAGACAUGCUUGACAUUGGCGAACACUACUGUUGGCGCUCCCUUCAAUUUGAUAAUUCUGAUUCCUCCAAAGAAAACGAGAGGAGGAAAAACGGAUAUUGGGUCGCAGAACUGAUACAAGAAGAUGGGUCAUCAAUUAUUGUUGGAGGAACCGGAAUAGACGUAACUACGACUCGCAAUGAGCCAUCAAGCGCUGAGCUCCGGCGCAUGGUCGUGUCUCCGCUCUGCCGUCGGCGAGGAGUAGGCGCCCAAUUAAUUGAAGUGGCGCUCAAUCACGCCAGAAAGCAUAAUAUUCCAAGCGUAUAUAUCAACACUUCAGUUCACCAACACAGCGCACUCUCAUUGUAUGAGAAGUAUGGGUGGGUACGGCUGAAGGACUUUUGGUACCUUGGCAGUAUGCAUGUCACGACAUUAAAGUUGGACCUUAAAAAUUCUGGCACCUGA